AUGCCUUCUGCCCGGUCGUCGCAAGCGAGCUCCAGAAGCCGCCAGAGCUCAAGCGGGCUUUCGCUCCCGGCUUCCAAAGAUGCGUCGCAGGAACUUGGCCAGGAAGUGGCCACAAGCGAGAAAGAGCUCCCUGCCCCGCCAAGCCCACCUGCAGGGACUUGGCAGUCCGACAAAGAGGACUCGGCCGAUGCUGAGCCGUCAUCGGCUAGCCAGGGAGCCCACGGAGUGCGCGAAGUGGAAGAGGCGAGCGAAACCUUGCCAGGGCAGCCCGAUGAGGAGCCGCAAUGGGCAGGCCAUGCCUCCAUAGAAAGUGAAUUGCCACGACCUGCCGAGGAUAACUUGGCUGGAACUCGUGAUGCAGAUGAAACAUUACAGAGACCCUUACAAGUGCACCCCCCCGAGCUGGAAGAGGAAUCGCCAGGACCUCCGGCUCACCGGCUGGACUCCUUUCACAUGGAUCUCUCUGAUACAGAGGAUUUGCCAAACACGGAAGUCCGCGUACCGGUGAGCCCUCUGAGCGAUGAGGCCUACGAGGGCUAUGGAGUUUAUUCGUCCAUGGUGCGGUUCUCAGAUCCGGGCUCACAUUCGCGUGAGUCGUUACCUGCACUCCUGGACCAUGCAGCUAACCCACAUCAGCCUCCCUCAGAAGGGAGUUCCUCCGUGAAUCUGAAGUCCAAAUUCAAAUCCAGCCGCAUGACCACAAAGUCUUUGGGAUCUUUGGACAUCCGGCGGAAUGUCUCGUCGCCUGUGCAAGGGAGCUCGUCCCGAACGCUUGGCCAGAACAUGCAGUCCGCACGAGCGGUCCGUGACCUGAUUCCUUCAGCUGAGAUGGCACGCCGAUCGCUAACAAUAAAUUCUGGCAGGUUAUCCCCCGCCAAGCAAGAUGCACCCGAGCUUUCCAGAGGCAGCAGCUUGAAGCAACUGCGCCCGGUCACGUCCAUAAGACCUCCGAGGUCACGCCCAGUUUCCUGGGUUGAUCGGAAGCAGCAUGUAAGCGAAGUCCGGACAGCCCAGAUGGAUUUAGGCUGGGACAUGGAGGGUCACCUGCCGGACCUGUCAUCUGCCGCACCGGGCUUCCUGUCACAGGCUCACCUGCGAUCCGAGGAAUACUGGAAGGACCUCCUUGGAAUCGACGACGAAAGUAUUGCCACCUUCAGCUUUAUCCAGAGUGAUCUUUGUGGCAAGUUUAUGGCCACAUGCAUCAUUGUCUUUGUGCUGGUGGUCGGUCAUCACGACACGGAUCGACUGCCAAACUGGGGAUCAGAACUUGUACACUUCAUUCUGGCGAUAAGCUUGAUCGAGAUCGCAAUGCAUAUCUGCAACCACUACCAAGGAGCACCGUACAAGAAGCCUGAAGACAGGACGAUCCUCUUUCUGGAUACCAUUGCAGUCUUGGUGUCCUGUUGCGAAAUCUGGAUCUUCCCUGUGGUGCUGGGCCCAAGCCUGCACUUCUCGCGAAUGGUUUGGCUUAUCAGGUUCCUGCGUGUGAUUAGCAUGAUACCGUCCUUGCGUGAGCUAACUUUGGGUGUGCUGGAUGCUCUACAGGGCCUGUUCUGGGUGCUGAUGUUCCUCUUCAUCUUCGUCUACGCCCUUGCAGUCGUGCUGACGCGUAUGAUAGGGCACCACGAGCGGAGUUCGGACCCAGACGUCCAGGAGGUGCAGGACAUGUUCGCGAACGUGGGUAACAGCAUGUUUUAUCUGUUUCAGCUGACCAGCCAGUGGAGUCUGGUACCUCUCUUCCCUCUCCUGAAAGCUUCUCCUGCAACCUGUGUGGGUUUCACUUUGUUCUACAUCUAUUCUGGCUGGGUAAUUGUUGCCGUGAUGACGGGAACCGUGAGUUUCACUAUGAUUUCCUUCAAAGCGCGCAUGGUGCAGGAAGACGAACUACGAGAGGAAGAGAAGAGAGUCUUUGUGAAGCAAGUGCUUGAGGACAUUUUCCUUGCCCUGGACGAGGAUGGGAACGGAGAGCUGAGCUACGAGGAAUUUCAAGCACUUCUUCGGUCCAAGGAGGUGCUGUUGCUGCUGUCUGACAACACGGACAUCAAAAUCCAGGACCUGGAGGACAUGUGGCAGUGGAUUGAUACAGACAAGAGCGGCUCGGUAACCAUCGUGGAGUUCUUCGAGGGCUUCGAGAUGCUCAACGAGCCCUUCAGACAAAAGACCCUUCUGAAGGUGCAGGAGAGGAUCUCUGGAGAGAUUCAAAUCACCUCAAAGCGGCUGCUGGAGCUCGCCAUGGAGAGUCUGGAUGCCUGCUGCCACAGCAUCUACACACCCAUGAACAAGAUCCACGCAGUCCUAGAGCAGGUGCAGAUCCAGCUACUCACUGCCCUGAGGCUAAAACACCAGGUUGGCCUCGUGCCUGUGAAUGCGCAGACAGAUGAGGACUCGGCAGUGGCCGAGGUUCUGAUUGGGGCCGGGAUGCAGGUUCCGGAAGUGGUAAACUCUUUGGCCAGCCUCGAAGCCCGCUUGGAGAUGCAGAUGUUGGAAGCCAUCGAGCGGAUCAACAACUUCCGGGCCGUCAAGACCCAGCGGUCGCUUCCCAACUUCAAGUCCUUGCUGGUGCCCUUCGGAGGCCUCUCCGAAGGCGGAGCAGAGGGCAGAAACAAGGCGGUGGCGAAGGCGAGCGCGCUCAUCGGUGGAGGGCCUGGCAGAGUGCCAGCUGGCCCGCGAUCGGGGCCGGGUGUGGGCGUGUCCGCGGCAUCCCCCGCGGCCCGCUUGCGGAACUAUCUGGCCUCGAAGGUUACCCGGAAACGCGGCGGCGGUGUCGUCAGUGGUGGAGUCUUUCGCUCUGAAGCGAAGUCCGGAGGUCCUGGAGGUGAUAGUGCCGAGGACGGAGGUCCCGUCGCACGGGCCUCCACAGGCGAGGGAUCGGGCAGCCGAUCCGCACGAGAGCACGAGUUCGAGGCGCUGGAGACCGUGCUGCUCGUGGAGCCCUUCGCCCAGGUCUCAGCCCUGGAGGACUACAUAUGGGACAGGCAUGGAUCAGGAAAGCCUGCAGCCGCCGAAGGUGCGGAGACUGGCACAAACAGCGAGCCAGCAGCACGAGUCCGACUGACGACCAAGCAGCCACCUCCCGGACAAGCAACAUCCAGAGCAAGAGCCAAGGGAGGCGAGCUUGGAGAUGCUGCGAAAUCUGCCGUGGAGCCUGGUGCAGCGUCGCCGCCCGCAGUGCCUGUGGAUGCACCCGCGGCGCCUCCUCCUCUGGGCCAAAGCUCCUCCCAGGGAGGCGACACGCCCUCUUCGAGUGCUCAGGCACCGGCCUCAACAGAGCGACGGAAGCAGACAGUUCGCAUCUUCUACAACGGCCACCAGCUCACUGCCAAAGAAAGCGUGGUGCAGGUGCUGGUCAACAACCCCAAAAAGGCGUCACCGGUCCUUGAGGAGCUGGGCAAGACAGCACGUCGAAGACAGUCAAGGCGCUCUGUCGGCGGCCGCUUCUUGGCCUCCAUGGAGGAAAGCUCUGGCUCAGACGGCGAAGGUUCGCCUGGCAAAGCCAACGCUUCUCGACACUUCUUUUGUGGCUCCAUUUGGGGCAAAGUGCACCACAUGACCUUCGAGCUGGUGCCAGAUCCAACAUCACCACGCGAGGGGGGCGAGAGCUCGAAACCAGAGGAGCAGCAAGUGGAUCCGCCAGUGAUGAUUGUCCCGAACGAGAUGGACUGUCUAGUGCAAUGCCACACUCGUGUGGCUCCGAGUGUGGCCGGAAUCUGUGAUGCAGGUGGCGGAGCCAACAAAGCCCCGAGCUUUGCACAGGAGACGGAGACCGUCACGAUGCUGCAGCUGCUCUCUGCCUUUCACAACAUCAGCCUCUACGAUGCUGCGACUUCGGGUGUCAACAUGGGAUCCGCGUCUGAGGAUUUCCACUGCAACACUCUCACGUCAGCUUUGCUGCGGCAGCUCUCCGAUCCCCUCGCUGUUUGCACAGGCAUCCUAGGAAUGGGAAGCCCCAAGUACUAUCGGCUGGACUUGGCCAAGCUAGAGGGCCUCUUCAGACCAGAAGUGCCUUUCUCGGAGUGGUGCGUGCACUGCCAGAGCGCUGGCCCGGAUGGUUUCCCUAGUGGCUCUCUGCGCGCACGUUCGGCUCCGCCCUUGUCGCGAUUGGCGCACUUCGAGAGAAUUUGUGGCACGCUCCUGUACAUCAAUAUCAGCGGCGCGGCCGGUGUUUGGCUGGUGCUAUCGCUGCUGGCCUAUGCGCGUGGUUGGCCUCGCUGCGCACGACUGCUGAUCCUUUACACCUUGUUUCCCUUUGCUUCGUGGGCUGUGCUCUGUCGGAUCUUUAAAAGAUCCAGGGACGCACGUUAUGAUUUUCCAUACAGGCAUCAGCACAGCUACUUGCACAUGAAGUAUGUGUGGCCAUCUGAGCUACACCCGACGAAGAAGGUCAAGGGUCCACUGAUCUUUUGUAUCGUACCCCACGGCGUUCUGCCCUUUGGCAUCGAUUACGCCAUGAUCGACAAGCUUGGUGGUGCUCGAUGCAACUGGGUGGCCGCCCCGAUUUUGUUCAAGCUGCCCUUCAUCCGAUGGUACCUGAAACGAGCCGGCGUCAUGCCGGCUAAGGCACAGCACAUUCGAAACACAUUGGCGGGUGGUUCUGAGAAUGUUGGGGUGGUUCUGGAUGGAGUUGCCGGCAUCUUCCAGCCGAAAACGGAGAAGCAGGAAGCGGCGUGGCUUCUACAGCGCAAGGGCAUCGUCAAGAUGGCCCUGGAGACUGGUGCUUCCCUCGUGCCCGUUUACGGCUUUGGUCACACGUCGCUCCUCAGCCCAAUCCUGGAUCCUUUCCGCAUCUUGGAGCGCAUCUCCAUCGCCUUGGACGUAUCGCUAGUGCCCUUUGUCGGUCGUUGGGGCUGGCCGAUGGGCCCUGCCCGGCGCAUACCUGUGGUAAUGGCAGCUGGCCAACCGGUGGAAUGCCCGCAGACGAGCCAGCCCAAGCAGAGCGAGAUUGACUUGUACCACACGCUCCUCCUGGACAGCUUCAAGGCGGAAAGAGUGCUUUCUUACCUUGCCCUGUGCAAUCGAUUAAGCCUGCGACUGGAGGCAGUGAGCCGCAAAAUAGCUGUCCGUUCUGUGCCGGCUUGGUGCGCGAAGCUGGCAGGAGCUUGCCGAUUCCUGUUCCCCUACUCCGUGCGGAGGAUCCUGCACCAUAGCUGCAAUCUGGGCCUGGGCCGAGCCCUGCAUCACGUACAGCAGCGAGCAGUGGCCCAGCACGCACACAACCAGGAGACACACCGGCGGCUAGAAAGCGAGGUGAGCGUCGCAAGUGUGCCCCGCCAGAAGGCUGGCAAAAAACAUGUCUGUAUCUAUCCCUAUGUCGAUGUUGCAUAUCUGCCUGUCUAG